AUGUUUGGAUAUGCUUUACGAAAGUUAAGUAAUCUUAGAUUCAACUUCUGUAAUUAGAAUAAGCAAAGUUAAGGGAAGCCAGGCAAUAAAGCGGCAUCUACUAAUUAUUCUUACACUUUCGAUGUGAUAAAUCACUAUGAUCAAAUCAGUAAAAUCAAAGGAAAAGGAGCAAUAGUUUCACUCAUGCCUUGUUAUCCUCAAUAUCAAGUGACUAAAUUUGGUUCUGUCGUUGCAAAGAUGAAGUAUUCAAGAAAUUAUAUUUAUUUAUGGAGAUUUUAACCUAUAGCAGAAAUAGGAAAAGAAGUUAAUAAUAAAGAAUCUUUAAAUUUUCCAAUCAGCUAUGAGAACUGUGGUUAUAUUAUAGAUUUAUGCGAUCAUAUGUCAACUAGCCCUGAAAUCAAACUUGAAGAGUAGACCAUCAAAGGCAAUUUAACCUUCACAGUUUAAAUUGACUAUGCCAAUAAAGCUGCUCGUAUCUCAUUAUAAGCAAUUGCUUAAUAAUAGUAAUAAUAGCAAUAAUCUUAAUAAUAACAAUAAGAUUAGAAAUACGAGGUUCAAAUAGCUUUGGCACAAUUUAAAUUAAUGUGUGAAUAAAUGAAAUAAGGAUUACCAUUAGUGACUGGAUGGAUAAUUCCUGAGAAAUUUCUAUUUUAAACAAACAAGGAACAAGCAGAAUGA